UGAUUCUCUUUCUCAUCGCUCUGCAAGAACUACUGUGUGUCUUUUUUUUUUGGGCGCUCUGGAGGUGCUGCAAACAUGUCUGUGCUCUCCCUCUUUCUCUACUUCGUGCAGGACUCUCUGUUGUCCUCAUUGCCGGUUGUUCAUUGCGCAAGCGAACAGACGCCACUUGGUGUCACUGGGGCCGCCGUGGCACCAAAACAGCCUGAAAUCCUGAUCCUCGACUGGCACUAUGUGGUGAAGAUCGGCAUUGAGCAGGUUCGCAACUACCUCCAGCAACUCCCCGGACCGGCGGAAAACAAGCCGACAGUCACGCUGUUCAUGGAAGACCUGUACGCGAUAAGAACGCCAGAAUUCAAAUACUUCCCCGACUACUGCCACCAAGGUUUUGCCACUCCUCAGCCUGUCGCUCCUGCUCUGGACGAGGAUGGCACGGAAACUGGAACUGCUUCAUCUGGACAUGCUACAACCGACGACGAGCAGCAAGAAACUACUAAACGGGGAGCCAGUCCAACAGGCACCGAAAUACCACCACCGCCUGCGGAUGGUGAAUCAGGCAUAGCUAGUACAAACUCUCCGCCAAGAACGACACAAAUCCCCACAAGAGCAUUACACCGGCAGUUCGCCAAGCUCCAGCUUCAUUGGAUCGAUUCCGAGAACUAUUUCUGCCCGGUCCCCAACACGCUUGAAGGUGCCCUCAUUGGUGCUCUGCGCCAGGGAAGGUGGUCGGAAAGGGAGCACGCGCUGCGGAAUGACUACAGGGACUUCUUCGCCCAGUACAAACUUUGCGUGAUGUACGGCGGCCGGCAGACGCCCGCGGUGUGCCUCCUGAAUGACGUGAAAACCGUCUACGUGCCGCACUUGAAUCUCGCGGGGCUUAUCAACUGUAAAAAUGUCUGGGUCUGGAAGAUUGGAACUUGUGAUGCUUGCUUUGGACUCUAGAAAAAUCUGUAUUGCAUGACCAGCAAGAGGAGUCUAGUUUGUGCUACGCGGGGAGGGCGUUUGUCAUGCGGAGUAGGCAUCAGGAAGCCCUCUCAAAGUCUGUGAUGAGCGGUCGUGCAUUACAGACAUCCCGAGUCAUGCAAAACAUGCAUGACAAAUCUCAGACUCUUCCAGACCCAGACAUUUUUGCAUUUGAUAGGGCUGCAAACGGAGCAAGAUGUAGCGUUUUUUCUCGACGACGUGUUGCAAAACCGGAAUCUGGUGUCCGUGGCCGUCAGCACCUUCGACAUGGCGUUUCUGGAUUACCUAGCUGGGCGGAAAAAUUUUGUCGAUUUCCCCAUCGUCUACCCAACGAGAGACGCAUUGCUGGCGGAUCCGGCGACGAGAGACGCUUGGGAAAGGUACCACGCGGAGGAAUCGGGGUUCGUAAAAUUGAGCAGUGCUCCCUCGACGAUGACUACCACUUCGCCAGUUUCAAACAGCGACAGCGAAAUUGUGACACCUGAAGGAGCUGCAGUCGAUGUGCCCGAAGACCACCACCCCCACCUCCAAUACGUCCUGUUCGGCGGCCGCAAGCUUCCCGGUGCGCACGGCGGGUCCGCGGGUGAUGCCUGGCUGGUUGAGUGGGUGCGGACGGAGGUCGGCGAUUGGAUUCUGGAGGUGCAGGAGCUGCUCCGGCAGAUCUACAAAGCCAGGAUCACCGCGGACCGGCUCGACAACUUCGUGAAAAUCCAGCACGAGACCUUCGUACCGGCCAGUGCGGACGAAAAGACGAAGCGAAGGGUGAAAGACUACCUGUAUUUGUCCGCGGUGGGGUCGGACGCGAAGACGCACAGGGAGCACGAAGUAGACAAUGUGGGGCUUUCUUCGGAUGGAGCAGUAAACGCCGCUGGUGGAGGCGAGGAAGCACAAACGGAAACCGCAAUACAACCACCACCACCCGCACCAUCAUCUCCACCACCAGUAGACCCGAUCCCCCCAGAACAUUUAUGCAAAUACGACCAGGCCGACCUGUGGCGCGUGCUCUGGGACCCGGACCGCGGGAUGAUGGCGUCCGCCGAAAAAUCCCCGUAUCCUUGGCCGGAAUUUUCCGCGCUGUACUCCCGGUUUGUGAAGUGGAUCCAGAAGGAGGCGGCGAAAACGGGCGCGGAGAAAACGACCAGGUGGGAAGUUUUGCUCGUCGAGCGGAUGGGGUUGCGGAAUUCGUUUCGGCUGUGCCGAGACUACAACGAGGACGCGGUGGUGAAAAGCAGGAAGGAAGGGAGUCUGUUGUACGGCAAAACGGAACAUGCUGUUGUAUCACAAUCAACUCAUGCACCGGGAACGGCGGAAAGAAUAAGCGGGUCUACCGUCGACCAAGUAGACACGCAGCAAGAGGAAUUUUCCCACGCCCCCGUGAUCCUGAGCAGCUGGGGCCGUCACUUCGCGAACCGGAAAUACGAAUGGGCGGACGUCUUGAGGGAUGUGAAGGCCAUGGUCAUUAUGCCCUACUCCACCGUCCCCAUGUUCUGGCACGAGGCGCACGCCUUGGGCAUCCCGUUGUUCGCCCCCUCGGUCGCCUUACUCUGGCGCUGGCACCUCCACCUACAGCGGGUGGUGCUGAGACGGUUGGAAAGACAGGCGUUUUUUGAGAGGAAGGCGAAGGCCGAGGAGGGCGGUACUGCGACUUCUGGGGAAAGAGCAGGAGAACCUGAAGCGAAUUCAGCACCAGAAGACCACGAUCCGUACCUCGGCACGUACUCGAGAAGUGUGAUGCUAAACGAGAUCUUGUACUCCUGGCACCCGAGCUAUUACGGCAACAGCGGAAAGGCGUUUCGACCCAUGGAAGAGAUUUUGCGAAAGAGAAAGCUGCUGUAUUCCGUUCCAGCAAAUAACGAGGAGGGAGAAAAAAACAACAGUGCUGAGGGAUCAGAAAUAGACGCAAGCACCUCGACACUCUCCCCGCAUGACUUCCUGAACGCCACCGACGAUCAAGCGCCCGAGUCAAGAACAACUUCCUUACUCACUGCCAAAGAGCUCGGCUGGCUGACAGAAGCGGAGAAAGACUCAAUCCUCGCCGCUGAGCAAACGGUUCCAGAAGGUUUCAAGAACUACGAGAAGCAUCUAGCCACAGAAGCAGACACGGUUUUGCCCUUCGAUGUCCCGUUUGUCGACGACGAGGACGGGGUGUUCACAACGACUUCACAGAAGUAUGAGAGUGCACAGCUUCCCCUCUCCCCCAUUUGUCAUGCAAAAACCCAAAUCCAGUUGUGUUGCUGCCCUGUGCCACUGUGUGCAUGACAAAUUUCGGAAUCCCAAACAGUACUAAAUGCCGCGCAUGAAGUUGUCAUGCAUAGGGUCCACCUGUACUGGUGUUUGUAUUGCUGUUCAUGCCAUACAAAUGAGGGGGAGGUCGUGCACUCGCAUAAGAAAAACGAAGCGAAACAGCUCCGAGGAGAACCGGCGGAAAACUGCAACCGCUUCUGCCCAAGGACCGCGAAAUACAGCCCGUUCCGCAUGUUCGAAUCCAAGCCGGCGUUUUACUACUGGGCAUCGAAGCUGGACUUCUACAGCUGGGGCCCGCAUGUCGUGCAGUUUCACAACAUGACGGACUUGGCGAAGAAGCUCUCCGAUGAUUAUCUGAUACGUUGGAUGCGAAGAACCCAGGAAAUUGUCGUGAACGCGAAAACCAAAAUUGCGAAAAGAGUUUUUGCCAAGGCAAUGGACAAGCAGAUGAACGGUUUGGAUGAAUCUACUUUGAAUCUUCACGAUCAUGUUGAACAACAAACAGAGCUAUUCAGGAAAAGAAAAGUUGUGCAGUUUUUCAGUUGCAGGAGUCCCGG